CAUAAGUCUUCGUUUCGUUCUCAACCAAAAAUUUAAAGCUGGGUGUUCUUGGUCUCUUACUACCAUAUAGCAGACAUGGGCCCUAGACGGAAAACAAAGAGUUCUACUUCAGCUAAAUCGAAGGGAAUUAGUAAGAAUGUUAAGUCUAAAACAAAUUUGAAACCAAAGAAGUCUUCAAAAGCGAAGAAUUCUAUACUGCUUAACCAAAUUGACGAUUUCAAUGACACACAGCAAAUUUUACAGGUCGUUCAAAAACAUCAAGUAAACAUUGAAAAUAUGGAAACGUCUAUUAAGAAACUCUCAGUCAAGAAGCCAUAAAACUACGAUUUUUUGGUCGGUUUUUCACUCUUUCAGUUUUGCCUCUUAAGCUAGGUUCGUCAGGCUAACUUUGAAGAAUUGUGGGCAAUUCUUUACCGUACGGAGUAUCAAAAUGUGUGUUCUUAUGUAUCCUCCUUUUGGAUCCCUUUCCCGAACGGGUUUGGUUUCAGUGUUUUUGUGCUUUUAAUUUAUUAUGCUACUGGUCCACGUCUGACUUUCACCAUCCACCUCAAAGCCAGACUUUCCUGCCUUUGACUAGCGGAAUACUCAGCGUGUUACCUAUACAAUUACAUUACACGCUGAUUCUAUUCUCUUUUGUACUAUAUUUGUCUUUAUAUCUCGGUUUGUUGGCAUAAUUCCGUGCUGGGGAAAUUUUUACUUUUUUUUGGAUAAUAUACUCGUCUAAGGUUACUUCGACAAUCAUACGCUACAAUGUCUGAAAUACAGAAGCUAGACCUUUCGGAAACUGGUGCUGUUGCAAAGUACUCGCGGGGAAAAAAAAUUGGAUACAAGAAAAUUAGAGACAAGAAGCUGCGUAGUAAUAUUCAAAAAAUCGAGGAAAGGAUUGAUGUUGCCGAAAAUGCAUUAGCCGGCGCUGAAUUUUUACAGGUGGACGAACCUGGUUAUCUUGAAGCUGAGGGUUUGGAAAAAACCUACAAGUUUACACAAAAAGAGCUUGUUGACAAUGUUGCCAUUGAAACUGCUCAGAAGGGCUUUUCUUUAAAAUUGGACAAAUUUGGCGGAUACACUUUUGAUUAUACUCGUGACGGUGCUAUGGUUUUGAUGGGCGGCAGAAAAGGCCACAUUGCUGCUUUUGAUUGGAGACGAGGAAAACUCCAGACGGAACUUCAUUUGCAAGAAACAGUUCGUGAUGUUAAAUGGUUCCAUAAUCACCAGUACUUCGCUGUUGCCCAGAAAAAAUAUGUCUAUGUAUAUGAUAAUACUGGUACUGAAAUUCACUGCUUAAAACGUCACAUUGAAGUGAAUGCUAUGGACUUCUUACCAUACCACUUACUAUUGACGACCAUUGGUAACGCAGGUUAUCUAAAGUAUCAAGAUGUUUCCACCGGCCAACUCGUGAGUGAACUGCGUACAGGCUUGGGUGCUAGUCAUGUUCUGCGUCAAAAUCCGUACAAUGCGGUUAUGCAUGUUGGUCACGCAAAUGGUCAGGUCACACUGUGGGCACCUACUUCCACGACGCCGCUUGUCAAGAUGCUCUGCCACCGUGGUCCCAUUAGAGAUGUUGCCAUCGAUCGCGAAGGCAAGUACAUGGUCACGGCUGGUGCGGAUAGCCUGCUUAAAGUUUGGGAUGUUCGCACGUUUAAGGAAGUCCAUUCUUACUAUACACCCACACCUUCACAGCGAUUGAGUCUCAGUGACCGAGGCGUUUUGGCGGUCGGUUGGGGUCCCCAUGUAACAAUGUGGAAGGAUGCUCUUCGUACAAAACAAAAGUCGCCCUACAUGAAUCAUUUACUUCCUUCAUCAAGCGUCGUUGACUUGCAUUACUGUCCUUACGAGGAUAUCCUUGGUGUGGGUCAUCAAAAUGGUUUUGAAAGCCUCAUCGUUCCUGGAUCUGGUGAACCUAAUUACGACUCUUAUGAGAACAAUCCCUUCGCUUCAAAGAAGCAACGCCAAGAAACUGAGGUUCGACAAUUACUUGAGAAGUUGCGCCCUGACAUGAUAUCUCUUACUCCUGAAUUCAUCGGUACUGUCGAUCGUGCUGCUCCUAGUAUUCGCAAGGCGGAAGUUCAGGAGGAGAAGCCAAAGGAGGAAAAAUGGGUACCCAGGGAUAGGGCUCGUGGUAAAAAUUCUGCUCUUAGACGUGUAUUGCGCAAGAGAGCUCACAACGUUGUUGACGAACGGAGACUCAAGGUCGAACAGGCUCUUGCCCGAGAGAAGGAAAUGCGGGCUGCUCGUGUUCGUCGUGAGCAAGGACUACCUGCUCUCAAAGAAAAAUGGGGACCUGCGUUAGCACGCUUUGCGCAGCAUAAAAGAACGUAACUGAACUGGAAUGCAUCUUCCGUUCAUGACUAUCUUUGAAUCAUUUAGAAAAUAUUAUUGUUGUAUCUUUUGUAACAUCAUUAUUUAAGUACUGUUGACGUACAUACAAUGUAUGCCAUUAGCUAAAGAUGUGGAGGAGACGAUGCUACAAAACCAUAAAAUUUCAUUAUUUAAGUAAGGUCGUCCUCGGCUUCUUGAAUACGGUUUUUAAUCUUAAG